AGCAACUGAAUUUAAUAUUUUCACAACACUCGUCAUUUCAUUCCUUUUCCUUUAAAGCUUUUAUUUUAUUCUGUUUAAAUAGAUACAAUAUGCUUGUAUUUUUUAUGGUUCCCAAUAAGUUAUAGUUCAAUCAAUUUGUGACCUAAAAAAUCGAAACAAAACAACUAUUUUGUGUGUAAAGAAUUGCUUUGUUUUGCGUAACGGACUGCAAACAUAUUUUAUGCAGAUAACAGGUAAAGCGCGAUGAAGCUAUAAAGAAAAAACAUUUGCGACAUAGUAUUUAAACAAAAUUGCAAUUAGCAGAAUUUGGGUUUCAGUAAAUUCACAAAAUUACGACGCUAAUAAUGACGCCAGCACACACGGAUUCGCCACUAAGACGAUCCGAAGCUGGCGCAUUUCGUGAUGGCGUUCAAAAUGUACUUAUCAAUGAUGAUGAGGAGGAGCGUCGUCAGGCUCGUCGUCGAACAUUGCUCCGAGAGAGUGGUGCUUCGACAACGCUGGAGGAAAGUGAAACGUUGAAAAAAUGCCUUGAGAUCUACAAUGGUAAUAAACUGAGCAAAGAUAAUGCUUGGUCACUGUCGCUGAUUGACACACUUUCUACGCUCAUGGACAAGCAUCACAAAUCAAUGAAUAACUUUAAGGUAGCUGGUUCAUCAUUAGAGGCGUCAAGUAAGGUUUAUGGUCUAAGAGUCGAUUCCAUACACACUGAUGUGCUAAGGAUGUCAGCAGGUCUGAAUGCGCACAAGUAUUCGAACAAAACGCAGGGACAAGAUGAUGAUGAUGUUUCACCGACUGCGACAGAAGCUAACGAAGCCGGCGACCAAGAUGCCGAGAACCCAACAGAAGCUGCAUCAGCUCCAAAACCGGUUAAACCUAAAAGAACCCGCAAACAAGUAUCUACAGUUACCAAAAACAAGGAAACUUUAAAUGCUCGUUUAGAUACAGUUCCCUUAACAGACCCGGUGUUUGGUAAACUCAAUUCAAUUGUCGGCAGCAUAAACAGUUCAAAUCGCUUGUUAAACAAUAUUCUUCCAUCAAUGGAUUCUGAAUUGCGGCUACGAUUAGACUUUCAAUUUUGGGAUAGCAGUUCUAUUGAAGCAAUAGAUUACACUGAAGUAUUUGAGUUAACCAUGGAACCCACAAAACCGUGUGAAAAACUUGUCGAAAUUAAUUUUGAAGACCUUAAAAUGCGUCCAAUGCACAGUGGUUAUGUUAUAUCGGAUACUCCGGAGGAUAUAGAUGAAGAGGCAGAUAAAGAGAACCGUGUGGACUCCCCAUCUGGGGUGUUCGAAGACGACUUUAAUCACGAACUUGCUUUUGAUAUAAAUGCCGAUGUAGAACCUAUACCAUUAACUGGUCCAACAACGACAAUGGUUGAUGUUGAUUUUGGUGAAUUCGAAGAGCUUACUAAUGAGGAGCGAGGCGCCAUAAACCAAUGCAGAGGACUACGUAAAGCAGCAGUGCUUAUUGAAGACCUUCGCCCGGUAGAUGCUUCGUCUAAGUUGGAAUACUCAUAUCGACCAUUGGAUAAAAUUAGUCAGUUCUGGGCCGGUCCUUCACAUUGGAAAUUUAAAAAACCUCGGGCACGCAGUAGUGUUAUCGAUCCACAUCGGUUUAGCCAGCAACCCGUGGGGAAUAAGCAAAAUAAUGCUCGUUCUCGAGCAAAACAACGUCAAUCUAAGCACGUGAAUUUUGGAGAGUUCCAUGAUGAUCUCUUUGUAAAGUUAGAUGAAAAAUUUAAAUCACGCAAGACUAAUGUGCAAAAAAAGUGGGACGCUCGAAAGCUUAAGCUUCCCACUGAUCUUCAAAUCGACCCCAAUAUGUUUUAUAAAUUCCGUUUUGCUCCUGGCAUACCGGUGGAAGAAGAUGCAAUUGAGUCACAGACUCCAACUCUACAAACUGAACCGGUGUUUGAUGUUUUCGAUGGAGGUGAACCACAUCAUGGUGAUGAUGAUAAUUUAGAAGACGAUGCGGCCAUUUGUUCGAUGAACCCAGGUGGAUUUGAUUUAGAUGCUGGGGCAGAUCACGAUACUGGAAAUCCAAAUGCGACAUUCAUGCCCACUCAAGAUGGAGAUGCGGAUCAGACGAUUUUGGAAAUUGCCACAGAUUUUGAGGGAGCUCCAAAUCAGGUUACAAAAAUUAUUGUACCAUUUGCCAAACGUGCCAAAGUUAUUGACAUGAAAAAUUUGAAAAAAUGCUGUACACAUCUAAUGCGAAAUCAAAUGAGUAAAGAAUUCCAAGGCACUAUUCCUGAGUUAGCAAUACCCAAAGACGAAGAAUAUGCCCCUGGAAUGGCAAGCUUUCAAGAAAUCUACACUCAUUUACCCGAAGUACUCACUACAAAUAUGGCUGAGGCACUUUCACCGUCGGUUGCAUUCUACUCAAUAUUACAUUUAGCUAAUGAUCUAAACUUAAGGCUGAUACCACAGGCGGAUUUAAAUGAUUUCAAAAUUCGACAAGUGCUCUAGAUGUAGUAAAUUCUUUUUUUGUCUUUAAAUAAAUCGUCUAUUCAUAUUAUUAUCAUUUAUA